CAGCGAUGGCAACGAGCAGCGUCUUCCUCGACCGCCGGUUCCUCGAGAAGAGCCGACGCAAGAAGCCCGGCAACGUCAAGGUCGCCGAGACGUACCUGCGCGACGACGUCCACUGCGCGCUGGCGCCCUGCCGCGUGUGCCAGCGCGCGGAGCUGAUCCCACCGGCCGCGGUCGUGCGGGCUGCCGCGCCGUACAUCCUCGUGCCGGACACGACGGCCUUGGCCAUGUACCUCGACCUGCUCGAGCACGAGGCCUUUGGCGCCAACCAGCUGCUCUUGUUGCAGACCGUGCUGGAGCGGACGCUGGAUGUGGCGUCGUCGCGCGAAGUCGGCCGCAUCGAGGCGUGGCUCGACGAGACGUCCGACAAGGCGCAGCUGCACACGGUCGGGUACUUUCCAAACCGCCACGUUGCAGCGACCUUUGUGCCCACGCGCGUGCACGCUACACGCGGCGUCGUCGACCAAGAGAGCUUUGCGGACCGUGAUCGCCGCGCGAUUCUUCGAACGAUGCAGUGGUACCUCUCGCACUCGAUGAGCGCGUCGUUCAUCGUCUUGUCCGAAGACCCUGCGCUACUGUCGGCGCUCACCUCGCUGCAGGCGCCGCGACUGCGCGUGCUCUCGUGCCGCGACUACAUGGAGGCCUACUGCCCGUCGCCAGAGCUGCGCGCCCUCGCGUCCGAGCUCGCGCUGGCGUUCGAGAGCCGGCGCGGCAACAAGGCGAGCGAAGGUGCGUCGUACACCGACCUGUCGACGCUCCCGGCGGCCGCCUACCACGUCGGCCGGCUCCGCGUGAGUGCGCACCACCCGCUCGAAGCGUUUGUCAAAUCGAAAGCGGGCGACGAGCUCUUUGUCUAUGGCCGCGACGCCAUGAACCGCGCGGUCCACGGGGACCUCGUGGCCGUCGAGUUGCUGCCCGAGGCCGACUGGCUCCAGCCCGAGUCCACGACGACGCUCGUGCAUGUGGCGACCGACGACGUCAAGCGCCUCGCGCCGGCGGGUCGCGGCGUCCCAACCGCCCGCGUCAUCAACGUCACCGAGCGCUCGUCGCAGCUGAUCGUGGCGACCAUUUUGUCCAACACGGUGGUGGCUGGUGACGACUAUGUCAUCGCCGUGCCGAUGGACUUGCGGUACCCCAAAGUCCGUCUCCGCACGCUCAAUGCGUCCGAGCUGGUGGACCACCGGCUCACGAUUGCCAUUGACGACUGGCCGCUCGACUCGUUCUACCCGUCGGGCCACUACGUCCAGGUCCUUGGGCCCGUGGGCGACCUCGAGACCGAGAUCCGCGCGCUCCUUGUGCAGCACGCCACGCAUGCCACGCGGUUCAGCGAGCGGGCGCUGGCCUGCUUGCCCGACGUCGCGGACGUCGACUGGGACGCAUUGACCAUCUGCGACACGUCCAAGCGACCCAAGGUGCCCCUCACGCGUGAGUGGACGAUCCCGUCCGAAGAAGUCGCGUCCCGGCGCGACUUGCGGCAGACGCACCGCGUCUUGAGCGUCGACCCGCCGGGAUGCCAGGACAUUGACGACGCCAUGUCGAUCCGCAAGCUACCCAACGGACACUACGAGCUCGGUGUGCACAUUGCUGACGUCGGCCACUUUGUCACGCUCGACUCGGCGCUUGACAAGGACGCGCGGCACCGCGCGACGACCGUGUACCUCGUCGACCGGCGCUUCGACAUGCUCCCCGUGCUCCUCAGCGGCGACCUCUGCUCGCUCCACGGCCACACCGACCGCCUUGCGUUCAGCGUGUUUUGGGAGCUUGACGCCGACCUCCAAGUGUUACCGAGUCGCACGACCUUUGCGAAGACGAUCGUGCACAACGUCGCCGCCAUGACGUACAAUCAAGCCGACCGGCUCCUCUCGGACUUGCCGGCCAACGACCCGCUCGACACGAAAGUGGUCGGCGAAGGCACGGCGGGGCGGCCGAUCGCGCCGAGUCUGCAGCCCGCUCUGCGGGACGAUCUCAAACUUCUGCGUGCGAUCGGACGCCGGCUCUAUGCGCAGCGCGCGGCGACCGGUGCGGUCGACUUGACGCAGAGCAGCGAGCUCAAGUUUAAGAUCACGGGCGAGUUUGACUGGCGCGUCGAGGUCAAGGAGAGCCUCGAGAUCCACGGCACGAUCGCCGAGCUCAUGAUCCUCGCCAACGCCACGGUCGCCUCGCGGCUUGUCGAGUGCUUUCCCAAGACGGCGCUGGUCCGUCGCCACGUGCCGCCGUCGGGCGACCGGUUCAAGUCACUUCUCGCGCUCGCAGCGACCCAGCAGCUGUCGUUGGAUACGACGAGCAACAUGACGCUGCAGGCCUCCCUCGAGGCGGUAGCGACCACCGUCGAUGCCGAUACGCUGGCGCUUCUCAAGUCGAUGGCGACGCGCGCCAUGUCGGAAGCCGAGUACAUUGUCGCGUCCGAAGCCCUCGGCGGCUUUGCCCACUACGGCCUCGGUCUCUCCCACUAUACGCAUUUCACAUCGCCGAUUCGUCGGUACGCGGAUCUCAUCGUGCACCGGCAGCUCCUCGCGACGUUGGCACCGACGACGACAACGACAACGACCACCAAGCCGGCGCGCGCCGAUGCGCCGCUGGUCUUGCCAGAGUCCUUGACGCCGUCCGUCUUGAACACGACGUACGUGGCGCCGACGCCGUUGCUGCCACCACUGCCACCUAUGACGUCCGCACCGCAGCCUGUGACAAUGACAAUGACAGACCCAAUGACGGCGACCGACUUGGUGCUGCAGAGCCAGCACAUGAAUGUGCAGAACCGCAAUGCAAAGAACGUGGCGCGCGCGUGCGAAGAGCUCUUCCUCGCGCUCUACUUCCAGUCGCACACGACGACUGUGAACGCCGUCGUGACGCACCUCAAGCAGAACGGCCUCCUCGUCUUCAUCCCGCAGUUUGACGUGCGCGGGCCCGUCUACCUCAAGGACCGCGACGGCGCCGUCCACGUCCACGCCUCCAUGGUCCCGUCCGCUGGCACGUCGCCCGCGCGCUCUGGGUUUGACCCGUCGGCGCGGGAGCUCCCAAGCGCGACGCUGCGGCUCGUCGACGACGUUUCGCUGAGUGUGCAGUGGCGCGGCCGCGACGUUGUGACGUUUACGCCGCUCAUGGAGAUCCAAGUCACCGUCACGUGUGACUUUACGUCGGCGUCGGCGCGGCUGCCGGCGCUGCGGCUGUCGCUCGCCGCCGCCACCGCCGCCGCCUCGAACUCGACCCGGGAUGUGGUUGCCGAGGCCGUCGCGGCCUUGCAGCAAGCCCCGGUUCUCGGUACGGAAGCGACGACCAACGACGUGUCAGCGCGACUCAACAAGCUCCGCGUCUCGCCCCGUGUUAGCUUGUACGAAGCCUUGUCGACGGCUCCCUCAAUCGCGCCGAAAGCCAAGGUACUGACAACGACGACGCAGAAGAGCACCAAGGACAAGAAGGCGCCGGGCCGCCUCAUUUUCAACGGGUUUGAACCGCCGGUGCCAAAGAAGUUCAACAAGCUGCUCACAGCCCACUACGAAGGCCGCAGCGCCGAGCUCGAGGCGGCGAUGAACAUUGAGCGGGGUGCGAUCGUCGACGUGAGCGCCAACAGCGCCAAGCGCUACGAGAUGGACGCGAUCCGGCGCAUGGAAAAGCUCCAGUCCGAGAAGCGCCACGACCGCAUCAACAGCCGCAAAAAAGCCAAUCACUAGUAUCAAGUUGAUACAUAGUAGGAUAGGGAUACUUAAAGAGCACGAAUUUCAAGCUUUUUAGAGUUCCGUCGACGCCGAGUUGGCCGGCGACUUGGGCGCAGCAACCG